CUCACGCUUCUUCUUCUUUUUCGUCUUCCGCCAACUGAAAAAAGAUCGAUUUUUUAGACCGGAAAAAAAGGGAAGAAAAGAUUAAAUCUUUUCCUGUUUUCCUUUGACUUCCGCUGCCGACCCUCCGAUGAUGCCGGCACUGGAUCGACGCCCUCGGAACGUAUGACCCAGAUUUGCAUGAAAUGAUGUGCCACGUCGAGUCUUGCUGAAGAAAAAAAAAAGCCCGAAAAAGCAUUAAAAAAAGACUGCGUUUUUUUAUACGUUUUUGCAUACAGGGAGGCUUACGUUUGCAGUUCCUUCUGGGGCUCUCUCUGACCGGAGUUUCUCUCUCUGCCCCAGCUUGGCAGCUACUGUUCAGGGAGAGGGUAUGUCCAAGUGUUACGCAAUAAAAAGGUCUGGCCUUUUUGCGUAGUCAAACUGGGUUUCGCUUGGCCUCGAUCCGUUGCAAAGAGCUUCUGCGCUUUCGUGUUGGGGAAGAGUUUUCUGUAGAUUUCGGCCGUUCUGAAAUGUCUGAGAAGACGGUGGUAUCGAUUGAUCCGUUGUUGAGAGAUUUGAACGAGAAGAAGCAGAGCUUCCGGCGGAACGUCGUGUCGCUGGCGGCGGAGCUCAAGGACGUCCGGAGUCGGCUGGCAUCGAAGGAGCAAUCUUUUGCCAAAGAAACCCUCACAAGGCAGGAGGCGGAGACCAAGGCGAAAAACUUGGAAGAGGAGAUCCACAAAUUGGAGGAGAAAUUGGAGGAAAGAAAUGGACAGCUUCAGGCUUCAGCUGGUAGUGCUGAGAAGUAUCUCAAGGAAUUAGAUGAUCUAAGAUCACAGCUCGCAACCACACAGGUCACUGCAGAGGCUAGUGCUGUGUCAGCUGAAUCAGCGCAACAUCAGUGCUUGGCACUCUUGAAGGAAUUAGAUGAGAAGAAUAGUUCUAUAAUGGAGCAUGAGCAUCGUGUAAAUGUGCUAGCUGAGCAGUUAGAUAACUUGCAGAAGGAUCUUCAAGCAAGGGAAUCUUCUCAAAAGCAAUUAAAAGAUGAAGUCUUGAGAGUCGAACAUGACAUUAUGCAAGCUCUUGCCAAAUCUGGAGUCGGCAAAGACUGUGAGUUGAGGAAAGUACUAGAUGAGGUUUCUCCAAAGAAUAUUGACAAGAUCAAUAAGCUUUUGGUUGUUAAGGAUGAAGAGAUAGUGAGAUUGAGAGAUGAAAUCAAGAUAAUGUCUGCUCACUGGAAGAUAAAGACCAAAGAAUUGGAAUCACAGUUGGAAAAGCAGCGUCGAGCUGAUCAAGAAUUGAAGAAACGGGUGUUGAAAUUGGAAUUCUGUCUCCAAGAAUCUCGUGCUCAAACACGAAAGCUUCAACGGAUGGGAGAACGAAGGGAUAGAGCUAUCAAGGAUCUUAGAGAUCAGUUAGCAGCAAAACAGCAACAGGAGGAGGGACAUGCCAUUAACGAUAAACAGAACUUCUGGGAGUCCUCUGGCUUCAAAAUCAUGGUUUCCAUGUCGAUGUUGAUCUUGGUGGUGUUCUCCAAGCGAUGAAUGGUAUAGUUUCUAGUUUCUAGUGAUGUAUAAAAAGAAAUUGUUGCCGUAUAGUUCAGUCACGUAGUUUAGGACCUUUAGGUAGUUAUCAUUUUGUUAGUACAACUGCAAUCCUCGUGGGCUCUCUUUUGAUCCCAUUGCGGCUACCGCUCAGAGCUCGAGCUUAGAAUACCUUCAAACUUAUGUAAUGCGUAUUUUAGCAGUAUUAUCGUCCGGUAUAUACUCUUCCUGUGCAGACAUAUAUCCCUUUGCAUUAGGCAAUAGACAUCAAAUAUGAACCUCGACCAAAAUUCAUGGAAAUAAUUGUGCUAGAUAUUGUUCAA